AUGACCGCGACCCCCGGGCCAGGGACUCCCGCCGCCGCCGCCGGCCCUCGGCCCUGUCGCCGCUCGCCGCUCGCGCCCACCGAGAAAGACAGGACCGACGCCAAUGUGAGAAUGGCUGUGACUGUAGAAGAAGCUCCGUGGCUGGGCUGGAUUGUAGCGAAAGCCCUGAUGAGAUUCGCCUUCAUGGUCGCCAACAACCUGGUUGCUAUUCCAUCCUACAUCUGCUAUGUAAUUAUACUGCAGCCACUCCGAGUGCUGGACAGUAAGCGCUUCUGGUAUAUCGAAGGACUCAUGUACAAAUGGCUUUUAGGAAUGGUGGCUUCCUGGGGGUGGUAUGCUGGAUACACAGUGUUUUGCAAUAUAGCUUUGGCUGGCCAGGAACUGACUAUGAAGAUCCGUUUGCGUCUGCUUCCCAAGUGUUUGGAGAUAAAGAUGUGCCCCAUCAUGCCCAGCCCUCAUUUAAUGAGUAGGAGCAGGUGCCUGCAAGUUGUGGCUCAGAUGAUGUGGCUGAUGGAUCAUAUUUUCAAGUAUACAAACUUUGGAAUUGUCUCUCUUAUUCAUGGAGACUUCUUUAUAAGACAGGGAAGAGCCUAUCGUGACCAACAGCUGCUGGUUCUCAAGAAGCACCUUGAACAUAAUUACAGGAGCAGAGAUCGAAAAUGGAUUGUUUUGUUUCCUGAAGGGGGCUUCCUCAGGAAGAGGAGAGAAACAAGCCAGGCAUUUGCCAAGAAAAAUAACUUGCCAUUUCUUACACAUGUCACUUUGCCAAGGUUUGGGGCAACAAACAUUAUUCUGAAGGCACUUGUAGCACGGCAGGAAAAUGGAAGCCCAGCAGGAGGAGACGCUAGAGGCUUAGAAUGCAAAUCAAGAGGCCUCCAGUGGAUAAUAGAUACAACCAUAGCUUAUCCCAAAGCUGAACCAAUAGACAUUCAGACCUGGAUCCUGGGGUACAGGAAACCGACGGUCACUCAUGUCCAUUACAGGAUUUUCCCAAUUGCAGAUGUGCCCUUGGAGACUGAGGACCUCACCAGCUGGCUCUACCAGCGCUUUAUUGAAAAGGAGGACCUCCUGUCCCAUUUUUAUAAGACAGGAGCCUUUCCUCCUCUUCAGGGCCAGAAGGAAGCUGUCUCCAGAGAGAUGACCCUCAGCAACGUGUGGAUAGUCCUCAUCCAGUCCUUCGCCUUUCUGUCAGGCUAUCUGUGGUACCACGUCAUUCAGUAUUUUUACCAUUGUCUCUUUUAGGAACUGACUUGGACUUACUACAUAGGAGUUCAGACUUCUUCAUACAUGUGCAUUAUUUUACAUGUGCAAAUCAAAAUAUACAAAUCAAAAUAUAUAAAAAGAGAAGGAAAUUCGAUGGAUGGAUUAAUGUUUAUCCCCCUCUGGGAUAUUUUAAAACUCUCCUACAAUGAGGAUCAGUAAUACAAUGAUGUGCUAAUAUAUUUUAAGAACUUUUCAUGUUUUAAAGAGAUACACUCUACCAUACACUUACGCAAGCAUCACACUGGGAGAAGAGGAAACCAUAAAAUCAUCCUAGAAGACUCCGAAAGAAACUAUCGCCACCAGAUGCACUUAGUCAGCCCCUGUGACUUGCUUGUGACCUUUAGUUCAGGUUCAGAAGCUAUGCUCCUCUUUCCUAGGACAGAGUGCCACAACAUUAAUGUGUCUACCCUUCAUGCUGAGGUACUGGUAGCCUGGAGAGCUGGUGGGCACAUCCUGAGGAGUGGUCUUGCCAUCUGGCAACCCUGGCUAAGGUGCAGCAUUGGUAUUCUCUGUGGGGAGCAGUGUCCACUGUCCACCUGGCGUCACUGUGUCCUUUGAAAGGCUAGCUCAGCCCAGUACCAUGUUUACAUGUGCUAGUGCUUUCCCUUCAGGAGAGGGGAGCACCCACUUUCUCUUUUUGUAUAGAAGGCAUAUCAUAGAAUGAUAAUUGUAUUUUACAAAAUGCACUUUUAUCAGAUGCAGAUCUAGCAAAGGAUAGUAACCUAGCCUGAAACCAAGGGAAGCCUCACCCGUGAGCAGGCUCCCAGGAGGCUUUCCUAUCUGUGCUUGCCCGUGAUGCUCUAGCACCACCUUCAUUGGCCACCUCCCUGACCCCACUCCCCUACUGGUAGCUGGAUCCCCUCCCCGAUUUUGAUAUUAUAGCACCAAAUGUAUGUGGGGGCGGUUAAAGCAAAUUAACAUAAAACAUUUAAAUGACCAGUUUCAGGGAACUAGAGUAGCUUAUUAGGAAAUAAGAGGUAGAACCAGACCUUGGCUUGCAAUAUUGACAAGGUCUGUUGUGGACCCCAGGAUCUAAAUGUUCUGUCAUUACGUCAGCAGCUGCCCCUCUCAGGGUGGCAGGACCAAGAGACAGCAGCUCACAAACACUUCCCAGUCUCUUGCAGUUGUCUUCUGAGAGAGCAAAGUCAAGCAAGUUUCUGUUCAUUGUAGAAAACUUUUUAAAGAUUGUCAUUUUGUUCAUGUGAUUUACCUCACAGGAGAACCAGACUUUACAAAGACGCAGGCUCUGCAUCAGUGUUGAGAUAGAGGGGGGUUUGGUUUAGGAUAGUAAAACUCCUAAGCUUGAGCACCAGUAAGUCAGCAGUAGUUUUCUGUGGCAUGAACACUUUGUAGAUUCCCCUAUUGUUACUAACAACAUAAAUAACAAUUCUGAGAAAUCAGUUGUAAAACAAAAGUAAAGAUUAAUGUUUUCUGUUUUCAAAUAAACCAAGAAAAGAAAAAGGAAAGAUGUGAAUUUUCCCCAGUUGUGUGGGAAAGGUUGACCAACAACAAAUAAAAGCCCGUAGCAGCUUCAUCCUUAGCAAACGCCAAGUGUGCGCAGAGAGAAAGAUGUUACCUGAAAUACCUCACUGGUACCACCGCACUGCUGGUAAACUGAAGAAGGCAUUUGGUUUGUUAGCAGUUGUCAUAAAAACCUAAGCAUUUUACUGUGGUUUACAGGGACAGUGAAUAUGGGAAAGCAGGUUCAGUCUAGAAACAAAGGGAAGCCAGAGAGAAGCUGCUCAGGGCCUCUAUUGGAGGCCCAGGAAAAGCUUGUGAGUUUCAGGAUGAAUUGAAUUGAGACAUGAGUUGGUUGUCUGGGGGAGAAGUUGCUCACUGUCAAGUGUAGCAUGUAGUCCGAGCUAGUAGACCAUUUCCUCGUUGCAAAGCAGGCCACAGACUCCAGUGGCCAGUUCCUAUACGGAUGUAUGGAUCCUUAUCUAUAUGUGCAUACAGAGAUGUGACUGGCCCGCUUUUACCACUGCUGUGCUGCAGAGGAAUAUGACAGUUAAGUAUAGUAUACAUGCAAAGUUCACUCUUCCGAGAUGUGUCACUUUCAAAUCCAGUUUGGUUUCCAGUCUCUAAAGCGACAAUGACUGUAGGUUUGUGAGCUGACUUCUGAUAAUAGAGACAAGCUGUAAAUAGACGUGUUUGGUCUGUCCCACAUCUCUCCAGUUCAACGUGUCUUCUGUGUACAAAACAAUCAGAACUGUGUGUUGAGGGUAUUGAUUCCGUAUCAUAGCUGGCAUCCACCUGCUUGUACUAGGGAAUGCAAAGAGAGAGUAAAUAGGCAUUCUUUAUGGGCAUGUCUGGAGCCACGCGGUGCACCGGAGAGAGAGCUGGUAGAACUCCCCAUUGUACUUAGUGUGUAAAGUGAGAUGCAAGGAGGCUUCUGUAGUGAGUCGGGGGAGGGGAGCAGAGCCGUGCCAGCUGACACCGCACCCUUUCUGGCUGCAGCUCUUUUUGCCCUCAGCUGCAUUGCCUGGCUUCCUACCACACACAGGCUGGGCGACUCAGUGCUAGAGUUCCUGGACCACAGGUGGGACCAGCAACAGCUCACCUCAUUUCAGAAAUGGCUGUCUGCAAUGACAGCGAAGCCUUCGAGCAGAGGAAGCGGAAAAGCAAGGCAGGGAUGGAAACUUGAGUAGAUAAACAAGUUAGACGAGUGAUAGCUGUGGGUUCAGAUCUGUCAUGUUAUUAGUUCUUCAUGUUACAACCCUUAAUUGCCUACAGUAAGAAACUAGGGGAUGCUGAAGAAGUCAUCAAUUACAGGGUAGUUAAUCCAGUGUUAAGUCAUAGGAAGCCAAAAAUUCAAUUUUCUGUAGGAAUUUCUGAUUUUUUUACUUUCAUUGAACUUUUCCUCCUAGGGAGGCUUACUGCUUUAAAAGUUGACUAGUUCUUUCCCUGACUAACUUUUGUCUGUGCAUUAUAACUGUGUUAAUGGGUAGUUAUGAAACAGGAAGUCAAAACAACCAGCUGGAGAAGAAAGCACCAAAGCCAAUGGGCGUAACCUGAGGGCUGGAAAAGACAAAAGUUGGUGCAACUGGAAUUGUCCCAGAGGUGGAGUCUUAAGUCAUCCAUCAUGGCCCUCAGGGGUGGCUGUGAUGUUGCUGUCUGGGUCAACGUUGAGAAUGUUCCCUCGCUCACGGCCAUGUGGUUUUCUUCUCAUUAAUUCUUCUUAGUGAUGUAUUUUGACAAUCGGUACCUUAAAGACUUGCUCAGCUAGUUGUUCCUAGUUAUAACCACAGAGAAUAGUCUUUGAUCAUAGGUAGUCUUCUGUAUCCUGUGUAUGUUGAAAGAGAAAAUGUUUGUUUGCAUUACUGAAUAGGAAGGGUUAACUGAUCUUCUCUGUGGUUUUUCAUCCUUUUCUUUGAAGUCACUAUACAAUAAUGAUCACAGGAUUUCACUCCAAAGUUGUCAUUACAAAAAGUGUAUUUGCUCUGGUUCACAAAGGAUGGACAAUAAUGGUCUUUGACGAGAUUUUUGCCCUGCAAGUGCUCUGAGCCUUCUACCUAUCAGCAGGCAGGAGAGAGCCAGACAAGCACUGUGCAGCAGGUGUGCUAGUUCACGUCAUGAGGGGUAGAGACUAAUGUGUUUGGGACCAAAAGCACCUAAGUUGGGACUUUCUGGAUCACAAAAGAGCCUGGCAUGCUCUGGAGCAGCCCCUGGCUGUUGCCGUCUGUCUGGUGUCAUCUUGCACCAGCCCUCAGUGAUUUCAAAGUGGGCUCUGAGAAUAUGCUACAAGUUCCCAGUUGUUGGGGGAGAAUGGCCAUAGUCAAGUGAAAGAUGCAAUCUGGAGUUUUCUGCAGAAAUUCCAUCUGAGGAUUUUUACAUUUAAUAUUUUUUUUAAAACAAUCUAAAGAGCAAAAAAAAAAAAAAUUACAUGUAUUCUAGUUGCAGAGUAUGCAGAUGCUUUGGAUGGCUUUGUUUUUAUUGUGUAAAACUGUUGAACACAACUGUGGUGCACAAAUUCUUUCCAUGUAAGGAGUCUAUGCAUUUUACAGUAACAUAUCUUAUGAUUGAGUAAUGAGACAGUUAUACAUUCAACUGCCAUUAUUUUUAUGAAGUGCUUUCACUUUCUUUACAGUUACUACAAGGUUAUAUUUAUUUUCUGCAGAUGGGUUUCUGUUUCCAUGAUGCUGUAAUGUUUACUUCAGCUUGUUGAGCUUUCUUUGUGAUCUGCAUGUCACAAUGUGUGUUCUAAGGUGACUGUAGAGGCUGUGACAACUGUAACUCACUUUUGUAAAGGGCUGGUCACCUGUGGAUCUGGUUUCUGAAUGCAUCGGGAAUGAUUUUACCAGAUCACCUUUUCAGAAAUUUAGAUGUUGUAAACACCAAAAGAAGCAUUUUCUCAGCAAAGAUUAAUAGCUGGUUCUAUUUUUUUUUAAUGUAGAGAAAAUAAAGUUGAUUUCUUUUUUUUUUUUUUUUCAAAAACAAUGCUUCUAAUUCUUACUAGUGGGGGUGGAUGUCUGCUGUGCGGGCUCCUAGCACUCACUGCUGUAGCCCAGGCCCGGAGCUCAGCAUUACGGCCGCUGAGAAACCGUCAGAUUCCUUCCUGAGGUUAGAAAGACUCGCCCCUUCCUCUGAUCUUCUCAUUUGGUGUGAGCUCUUGGAAAAAAAUUAUGUAAAUGCACAUCCAUGUAUGAUAAAUUUUGGUGAUUUUGCUGAUAAUAUAUUUAAUGCAAUUAGCAAAUAAUCAAAUAUAAAUAAUUGAUCCUUACAAUAUAAUUAUCAUUGCUGAACCCUCAGAGCCAACCUGUGACAAUAUCAACCAUGAUUUGAUUGAUAGCUUUAUGCCCUGAUGUACUAACCAUCUCCAGAUAAACUCACUCAGUCUAGUGUAUGAUUUAUAUUAGACUCUUACCCUUGUACAGAACCUCCUUUUAGUUUCAGCAUUAAUUGGAAAUUUAGAUGAUUUAUUUUUCAUUGUAUUAAAGCCUAGAAUUAAAUGACCGGCUCUUAGAGACAAGCUGGCACUACCUUCAUCACACCAUGUCCUGGUCGCUUGUGUUUUGAUUUGUUUUAGUUACUAGUGUUGAAUAAAAUUCUCAGAAUUGAUUUGCUCACUUGUCCAAGAAAACUCCUGUCAUUGGCCCUUGCAGGUUUUAAAGUGGAAAAGGACUGAGACCAGAAUGAGCAAGGGAGCUUUCGAUCCUGGAAAGCCCGACAAAAUCAGGCUUCCCAGGGAGCAUGGGGCCAGGGACCAGCACGCCGAGUUUCUCAAAGCUGAGUAAAUGUGUACACUAUCACUAAGGGGUUUUUUUUUUUUUUUGACAUUAAAAACAUUGAUGGUUUAGUCACUUGUUUGUAGAAUGUGUUUGACCCAUUGAAAACGUUUAAUGUAUUAAAAUAUCUUGCACAAUCCUACCAAAUAAGUUGAAUAGUUACAGUUGAGUCUACCUCUUCUUUUCUUGGCUGGAUUUAGGCUGCUGGUUGGGUGAGGCUGUAGUUUUAUUUCCCCUCUAAAGUACUUUACGCGGAAGACAACAGAUUAAGGGCCUGAAAGCAGAUUUGAGGCUUGUUGAGAUCUGUUGCUGACCAGCCCUGUUCCCCAUGAGUCUGGGGAAAGCCAUUGUUUUUAAUGCCCACUUAAUAUGAAAAUGUUUGUUUUAAAAAUGUUUCUUGCUGGUGAAAAAUGUAUUUUUAAAAGGAAAAACCAAAUCCUCUUUUGGUCUGAGAAGUCAGCUGUAUGUGCAGGUGUGACCGUAUCAUAACAUGCUGAUGUCAUAGAAAUCAAUAAAUUUUUACCUCUCAGGAA